GCAAACAUCAAUGAAAACGCUGAAUUUGGCCGAAUUCGUGUCGUGUUUGGCCGAUUUUUGACCGAGUUUGAUUUCAAAAGAAAGGAAUGGAACGAUCUUGAAGGGCGGCUAGGAAUCCGAGCCCUCCCACACGUGGAUUUUUUCGUCGGCACACCCUCGACGACACCAUUUAAAGCCCGUGGAAGGCCGAACGGGUGGAGAUGCUCUCGUCAUCGGAUCGACAAAGCUACCAAGGCGGCCAAUGGCACGGGCGGUCAACUGCUAGCAACCAAAAGAAGGAACCAUCCAAGGCGCGCAGCAACAGGAAGAGCGCCACCACGUGCACCACCGCACCAACGCAUGUGGAACUGACCCAUCCGCUCACAAGAAUCCCACCGAUUCUGCGCCGUGACAAAAGGCGCCGCUCCAACGCGCGCACACCCCCUGUCCGUCACGGGCACACACACACGCCCGCCCGCUCACGAGCUAGCUGGGAGAAGAGGAGCUGAGCUGAGCUGAGCAGAGCAGCAGUCCAUGGCGUGCCGCCGGAGCGCGGCGGCGCUGCUGUUUCUGCAUCUGGCCGCCUCCGCCGCGGCGGCGAGCAAGCCGCCGGCGGUGGUGGCCGGGCCGGUGUCGCGGGUGGAGGACGCGAGGCUGUUCCACAUAUACUACGGGCAGGGCUUUAAGGUCAUCAAGAACGCCUGGGACGGCAAGAGCUACCUCCUCAUGCAGAGCACGUCCAAGAUGGCGAGCAAGACGAGGUACUGCACCGGGAGGAUCAAGUCCUUCGUCGUCCCCCUCGCCAACUACUCCGUCGACGCCGCCGCUUCUCCAGUGUCCUUCUUCGAGCUACUUGGGGUGCUGGAGAACUUGAAAGGGAUCACAUCACCUCAGGUGGCCUCCCAGUGCGUGCUCCAGGCAUACGCCAGUGGGAAUGUGCAGCUUGUCAACAGCUCAGACACAGGCAAGCUCUCCCAGUUUCGUGCACAUUUUAUGAGCACGGAUCAAGAUAAGGGUUGCAACUUCGCAGCCUAUGUGCCCUCGGAAGAGGACACGCCGUUGCAGAGGGCUGAGUGGAUCAAAUACCUGGGAACGUUCAUGAAUUCCGAAGACAGGGCCAAUGCAGUAUAUGAUGCAAUUAAGGCAAACUAUUUGUGCCUAAGCAAAGCAGCUGCUGCCCUAAGCUCCAGAUUCAAGCCUGUAGUAGCAUGGGUUGAAUUCACAGAGGGAGCGUGGACAUUCGUCAGAGAAAGCUACAAGUUACAGUAUGUCAAAGAUGCAGGAGCAGAAAUUGUUGAUGCAACUAUUACCGAUAAGAGAUUCAAGGUUUCCGACCCAGAGGACAUGGACAGCUUACAUGCCAUUCUUUGUACGGUGGAUGUGGUCAUAGAUCAGACAUAUGCCUCAGAUCCUGCAGAGUACAAGCUAUCCACAUUUUUGGACAAUAUUGAUGUGGGCCGUGACUCUUGUUUUAGUUUCGUAACUAAUCAAAGCAUAUGGAGAUUUGAUAAAAGAAUAGGAAAUUCCAAGACACUUGAUUGGUCAGAUGGAGCUAUCUCCCAGCCCCAGUUGGUUCUUGCUGACCUGAUAGAAGUUUUCUUCCCAACGGGGAACUACACAACAAUUUACUUCAGGAACCUCACAAAGGAACAGAAGAUGAUAAACAAGCACUGGAGAUUGGGAUAGUUACAAACUUACAAUUCCAGGUGUCAGUAGUGGCUUGCAUGCUGGAAGCUCCUGCUGUGUAAACUUGGAAUCUGCAGACAGAGAGAACCAAAGUACUGUGAAUUUGUUGAAACGGCGCUGACUGGA